AUGGCCCAUUUUCUCGAAAAGUCGAGUAUACCACAGGCGACAGCAACGCUCACGGAGUGGAAUAUGGUUUCUGACCGAAUUAUCACCGCCCGCUUACGAUCUCAACAGGUGAAAGUCACAGUCAUCCAGAUAUACGCCCCAACAAAGGAAUCUGACGAAGCAGCAAAGGCAGCGUUCUACGACCAGCUCCAAGAUGAGCUGACGACUGUACCACGCCAUGAUUUGCUCCUUGUCAUCGGCGACUUCAAUGCUCAGUUAAACGGCGACUGCUCAGGCUUCGAGGUGACAAUGGGUCCGCAUGGAUCAGGCACUCGAACAAACGACAACAGCGAGCGACUGCGCUCAUUCUACGCCUCGAACAAUCUAUGCAUCGGAAAUACAUUUUUCCAGCACAAAAGGAUCCAUAAGAUGACGUGGCGGUCUCCAGGAGGACUAUACAAAAACAAAAUCGAUUACAUCUGCAUCAGCAAAAGAUGGUGUUUGUCCUUGCUAGAUGUGAAAAGCCGGAGAGGAGCGGAUGUUGGCUCUGACCAUAAUUUACUAGUUGCCAAAAGCCGGCUAAAACUUAUGCGAUCGACGCCUAAACCUCAGCGACCAAGACCCUUCAAUGUUACAAAGCUCAAAGAGACGCCCAUAGCCCAACAGUUCCAACUCGAGCUCCGAAAUUGCUUCAAAAUACUCGCAGAAACAGGCGGUGAAGAAUCGGUUGAGAAUGACUGGACACGACUCCACCUGAUUGUCAUCGAAAGUGCCACAACUACAAUUGGUCGAAGACGAGGCACAUACCGAAACAUAAAAGAUAACGAGAGGUGUACCAAUCAAAGCAAAGGACGGUCACCUGUUGCUAACCACCGAAGCACAAGAAAAACGAUGAGUCGAGCACUUCGCUGA